UUUUCAACGUGCACAAUGGUGACGUUUACCAUAUCAUGAUGGCGGUAGCCUGGACUAUUUUGAAUUCCGUCCCACUUUUCGAAGUUUGUCCUAUGUCUAGUCUGUAAAAUGUCUCGUUAUCCCGGGGAGAACAUACAAUAAUCCAAAAACCACCAUGGAUUCCGUCGUGGGAGGCGAUUUGACGCUGCCCGUUGACAUGAACGGAAGGUAAGCCCAAUAACGGGCUAGUGAGCUACGGCUAACGCUGGGGGCUGCUGAACGUUACAGUUGAAACACUAAUCCGAAACCAGGAUUUAGCCAUUAGCGCACGGGUGCCGACUAUUUACUGAAAUUUAACACAAGCUGUUGUAUCUUACAAAUAGUGUUACAGCUGAAGUGAAACCACUAUAAGAUAGUAAUACAACGGAAUAAUAGUGUUUUUUAGUUUUUAUUGUGUUGUGACUAAGAAGAAGUGUCUCUUGUUUGUUUUUCUAAUGGUGGGUUAGUAGGUCAUCAUUGACUUUUGAAUGUUAAGACAUGUCAAAUAUAUCUAUAAACUCUUCACGUUACAUAUUUUACCGAUACAUGUAGUUUUCUAUACAACGUUUUUCUGUAUUUUGAUAUUUAGUUUUGCAAAGUUGACUGAUUUUACUCUGUUUUUACCAGUAAUAAAUGAGUAGCCACCGUCUUAAAGAUGGGUCGUAUCGGGAUUGCUUCCGACUUGACUCUUCUACUUACUACGUUUUAAGAAAAAAUAUAAAGUAGAAUAAUCGCCUUUCUGAUCAUCUCAACAAAAGCUGAAAAUUUAGAUGCAGGUCCCAUUAGUUUGCCCAGGUGUUCAUGAUCAUAUGGCUGCUUUGUGUACAUUACAGGCAUUCAACAAACCAGUAGUUUCUCAUUUGUGAACGACAGUGAUUUGGCCUUGGUUUGGUUUAGCUUUUACAAGAAAUAGCGAAGUCGUAAAGACGAAGCUUCAGUGGUUCAAUCUCCCUUUUGACCCAAAAUAGAGACAGAUUUAAGAUUACGUCUGACUCUUGGGUAUGGGGACUAAAACCUGAAUGACCUACUCUUCAGUAAACCGAAGAUGCAUUCAGGAGCAUUGAUGCAGAGAGAGAGUCAGGCUUUUGCUGCUGUAUGCUCCGUUAUAGAUCAUAUUCAGCUCAUUGGAUGUUGCUGGGAUAUCACUGCGGUCGGUAGGCUGGCUUGUUGACCUGUCAUUCAGUGAGUGAAAGAAAGCGGAAAUGAUCAGAGCCAGUUUUAAAGCGGGUUAAGACAGACUCCAGAGCUGAUGGGUCACUGCAAUCUCUGCAUGUGGAGUUUAAGUGUCAUAUUUGCUUUUUCUCUCACAGCCACGGGAGGAGAGUUUGACGGUGGUAAGGUGAACUUAGUUUUGUUAGCUCUGCUCUUUGUGUUGUUGUCAAAUAGUACUGUAGUCUGUAGCUCCUUUUGCUCCACCGAAAUGCAAAGUAAAAGCAUCUCUGUGUUGAAGUUGUUCCAGCUGGGUUCCGUCUGUAUUAAAGCAGUCAUACAGGUGGUAAGCGUGCCUAAGAAACCCAAGAUGUCAGCCGAUAUGUGUGGUGUGUAUUACUUAUGAGGUAAUUCUGAAACCAAGUUCACAUUACUCUUUAUAGUUUUAAAAUGGUGACUUCGCAUAAGCUUUUGCUUUUGUUGUUUUUCCUUGUAUAACAUUUAUACGAGCUUUUUCGUUUUCAUAUUUGUGACUAGCAGCUGAAAAAAUACAAAGAAAAGAGGAAGUCACUGUUUACAGACUCCUAACAUUGUUUCCACCGGGUGCUGGAGGGGUCACUGCAAAUGCAACGAUGACUAAACAGUAAAUAUCUCUGGUACAGAUGUGUUAAAUAAUGUCUUCUAGUCUUUAUCGGAGAGGGUGAUCUCCUGUGGUUUCUAGUAUAGUUGUUUCAGAUGUUUGUGUUUUGUGCUUUUAUGCUCAGCCCUCCUGUUUUACACUGCUUCCUCUCCAUUAACACAGGAAGAGGUUGCUUGGCAUUUGAAACCUCAGUGAUGCAAUCAUUUUCAACACAUUUUUGCUGACUUUUAGUGCUGUGUUGAUGCUUACUACGUCUCUGCUGCUCAUACGAGUUGUCUUUAUUUUCAAAUUAAGUAUAUACAAUAGCAAAAAGGAAGAAGGUCUUAGGACAGGGGCACAUGGUCAAUUCAGCAAUUUGAACAUGGUGCAAACAUAUGUUCACUCUAUUUUAAAAUUGCUGAAUUGACCAUGUGCUCUUAUGACCUUCUUCCUUUUUCGCUCACUUAUACCGUCCUACUCCUGAGAUGCACUGGUCUGCAAAUGUCCAUCAGUUUAAGUGCAGUUAUCACCUUCUGUUAGGUAUAUAUCUGGUGUUAAACUGGAUGCUUCCAACAGAAAAAAAAAAAAUAAUUCUUGUUGAUCACCUUCUAAAGAAACUAAAUACAAGCUCUGAGCUUCAUUGAUGUCAAAGUGAAUCAGUGUAACAUCUUUUUUAUCCUGUUGCAAAGUACAUAAGUGUUUUUGCCACAGUGUUAAAAGGCAGAAGUGAAUGUGCUGGACUCCUCCUGACAUUAUGAUUACAAAUUACAUGUGUGUGUAGCUAUUUUGGUUUUAUAACAAGGAAAUAAAUGUAGUGAUCUGAGGACAUGAUUAAAGGUGGGGUAGGCAGGAUCUGAGUGCCAGUUUUUGGGAGAAAUGUUGAAUGUAAACUCUAUCCCUCCCAACCAGUUUUCCCCUAAGCUCCUCCUCUCCCCUCCCUCUCUGCUCCAGAAAGCCCCGCCCACAAACAGACACUCCUGCUCACUCGUAUCGCUCUAAUUAAAUUCAGAUAUAAUGCAGAUAAAUACUUCAAAUAAUUACAAAUGGAGCCCAGUCAACAUGAAAGUAAAAAGCAUUGGUGCUACUGUAGAUGCCAACAGACUACCAGCAAACACAAUGUUUGCAGGACUUCUACAACUAGGAUAAAAUGACAUAGUCCAGGAUCCGAGGUAAACAAUUCAGCCAUGCUACAACACGCAGCAGGUCCCACUUGACAAGAAACACUUCUGUUACAGACACUUGGCUUACUUUGAUAAAGCGGUUUACCUGUUCAGCAGAAAGGUUACAGGGUCCGUAAGAGCCCAAAGCUUUCCCCAUCAUUGUUGACCCGGCUUCUUACUUCUUGUCCUGGUGGUCUACCUCCUUUUUAAGCGCCAGCUAUUCCACCAGAGUCUCUAGUAUUUACUUCGUUUUCUUGCUUGUGUUCGCAGUCGUGGCUAAAGGAGGAUUCAGACAAUUUUCUGUACUUUCUGGUUGGUUUCUACUGUCUGAUAUUGUAGCACGCUAACUUUGUUUAGGUUCAUGAACGACACGGGGGAGCAGCGUCUGCCUCACAACCAAUCAGGAUGGGAGAGGUGGAGAAUGGCUUUGUUUACAGUCAGAGAGAGCGGAGAGCUCUGAAAUUUUUAAAUGUUGACUACACAAACAUAACAAAACACAGCGAUAUUGUUAUGUUACCAAAUGUCAUCAAUGACUAAUAGCUAUUGACUGAUAUUAAAAGCUUUUUUGUAUAUACACCACAAAAAAAAAGAUGCUUCUUUAACGGAUUCCUGCCGACCCCACCUUUAACGUUAGAGUGCAUACUUCUGAUUUUUAUAUGUGAGGAAUAUGUAAUAUUUAUAAGUAAAUCAGGUGUGAUAGGAAUGCUAAAAACAGCAAUUCAGUGGAUUAGUGAUUCUGAUACCUGUGAUUCUUUGUGUGAUGAGCAUCGUGUUGUUAUUAGUGGUAUUUAGCAGAACAGACUCUUUAGAAAUGAGAUAUUAUUUCCAGAAGUAUGUGUAAAUCAGUGCGUAAGCACCUCACUUUAAUAUAGACAAUUGUUUUGUUAUUGUUAACUUACAAUGAGCCCAUAUAGGAGCAGAUUCCUGUUCUGCCAUCUUGCAUUUUCUUGCAUGUUAUUACAGUUGCAGAGAGCGGACAAACCAGUAUCUUGUGUGUUUUUGUCUUCACUGAGAAGCUAACUGAAAUGCACUAGCCGGAAGAAAAAGAGGAGAGCAGUUGUUAUUGAGCUCAAAAGAAUUGUAUCAAUAAAGCAAGGAGGCAUUUUAAUCUUAAAUCUGGCUGUUAAAUAUCUCUAAAUAUUUCUAUUUCUACUCUUUGCAUCUGUAAAAUGUCACCAGGACAUUAAACUGUUAUGUCUCAUUGGCAAUGCAAGACCCCCGGACUGCUGACAGGCCAAUGUCUGUUAAUAGAGCAAAUAUCACCUGAUACCAGAGUUCAACUCAAACAUCUGUGCAUACCUAAUAAAUGUGUAGAUAUGGAAUAGCAUGUUCGAUCUUGAUUUAGAGGGUUGCAGCAGAGUGGCUGUGCAUCAAAUGCCUGAGGAGAAAUAGGAGGUUGUUAUGCAAUAUAUUAAGUAUAUAUUUUUAGAUACCAGGGUGAAGGUUCACAAGAGCUUGGAGCGAAGUAGUUGAUGUUUUUGUUCAUGCACCAGUUCCCUCCUUAAAUCACAUCUGCCAGGAGAAAUUUGUAGUUCAGCCAAGUAAACAGAAUUAUUAUUAUUUGCAAGCGUGAGUUUAACCCUGGUUCUUUUUGUGUCAUUGUUGUGAUCCAGAUGUGUGACGCUGAUGUUUGGUGCAUUGUGUAGUAUCUAAGAGCGCCUUCACUGUCCCAUCUCUGUGUGAUGCUUUGCUAAUCACAGCCACAGUAGCUCGCUUGUCCACCAGAGAAAGCCCACCCCGUCCUCUGCUUCCUCUGUUUUCUCCCUCCUCCUGUCUGUCCGUCUGAACAUGAGAGCUAGGCUGCCACUGGCACAUGGUCUCACACACACAUACACACUCUUACACACAUACAUACACUCACACUGACAGUGCUUCUGCCCGAGUGGAUGUAAAUGAAGCAGAGAGUCAUUCUUAAGCUAUUUAUGGAGCGCUCUUCAGGCUCAGCGGAUCUGGCCAGCGUGAGUAAUACAUAAACACGGCACAUUUUGUGUUGUUCACGCUAUGAAAGUCAGUGUGUGUGUGUAGGAUGAGCAGUGAUAGAGGGCAGAGUUUCCUGUAGUUCCUGUGGUGUUGGAAAUUUGAAUCGGCAAAGCUGAAUAGAGUGGAUAUAUGGUUGAAAGGGACCCCUUUCCCAUCAAUUUGUAGUGAUGCUUUUGGAGCCCCUAACAAGAUGUUUCUGUCCCCAGCUGCAGACUGCCGGACUCCAUAAAUACUGGAGAUUUUUCUACCGACAGCAUGACAGGUAAGACCUCCUCUUCUUCUGCCUUCUUUUGUUUUCUUGCCGGGGUUGCAUCCCCUUGUGUGUUAAUUAUAACUGCUGCUGAAUCAUUGCUGUGACCUCCCACAGUUGUGUCUCCAAAGCUGUGCUGCUGGGGGAUUUGCUGGAUGUGGUUAAUUAGCUAAAUCCCCUUUGUAAUUUAUUGUCAGGCUCUUGUAGUGUGCCAACAAUAUAUGCAGGACUAGAACAACACAAGCAGAUCAGUAAACAAUUUGUGGAUAUAGGUCAGCAUCUGUGGCUUUCUGUAAUGAUGAGGACCAUGUGGACUGAUAGAGACAUCUAAACAGACCACUGAUGGUUGCACUACUAUGAUAGAAGUCUUUAAAUAGAGUGACUUUGUAUUGUCAUUUUUACACUGACAUGGAUGGCCUUACUAGAAAGUAGUACAGGUAAUUUUCAUUUUUACAGUAUUAAAGGUCCUGUGAGGAACUUCUACUUGACGCCCUCUGUGGACAAAACAAUCUCUACAAAAGGCACAUCCUCAAGAUUUGCGAUGUUCCCCGCUGUGCUGGCCUCGGUCACGUCGAGUUAAUGGUGAAGCACUAUGUAAUAUGCAAGCUAAAAUUAGAGUUAGCCACCUGCUAUUAGCCUUGCUACACUGUUAGCCAUGCCAGUAACAGUAGAAUAAAAAACACAACACAUUAAAUGAUCGAGCUACUUCCCCCCUAAUAAUUGGUAUCGGCAUCGGCCCCCAAAAAUCCAUAUCGGUCGGGCCCAUAUAUAUAUAUAUGUAAUGUGGGAGGGGGUGAGCAGCCUGUGGAGUAGUUAUCAUUCAUUUAUCGUUAUUCAGGUGAACUGCAUAAUAUAGCGUGAAAUUGAUUUGAGACCAUAUCGCUCAGAAAUGGUACAAACAGGAUUGUUUCUUCAGCUGCUCGGCCGACACCUACCCUCUCGCACGGGUUUCAGGCAUUAAAAAUGAGAACAUAAAAAUCUUCAGUCUUGUCCGUGAUGGUCUUGUUAGCUUUUGCGUUUUAUAAAAAGACAAAAAUAUGAAUUUCAGUCUAUUUCAUGAAUAUCACAGAACUCCUUACAGGAGCUUUAAGGGCAAAUAUCACCACAUGUGCAUCAGCUUCACAUGAUAUUACAUUAUAAUAUGCCUAGUCUUCCCGGCAUGUAUCUGUUAUGAUUAUUUUCUCAAAAAGUAUUUUUCCAAACAGUUUUGAAAAUUCAAGAGAAAUGUCUUUCAGUCAGGAUCUUCCCAUAAAUAGUCCAGCAUUUGCAGUAAUUGUACUUUAAUUGUCUUUAUUUAUAGGAACCAGAUCAAACCGGCGGAGGCAUUAUCUGCAGCUGCUACAUGUCUCUGACUUUAUUAUGUCUGAUUACUCCUUAAUGAUAUUGUCAGAUAUGAGAUAAAAGGGUUAUGCACAUUAUCAUUACCACAGUGUUGAUUUUUGUUAAUAUUGCUAAAGAUGAAUCUUUGGUUUAGAUACAAAAUACAUGAAGAAGCAAACUCCUCAAUCCUGGCAGAUGACAGAUGAGGAGUUGGUGUUGUGAAAGACUUUGUUGACGAGUGUUACGUGAUCAGCUGUGUCAGUGUGUGUGUGUGUGUGUGCUGAUGUGACCGGUCUAAACAAGGACACUCACCAAAAGCCGUCUCACCUCUGAUGCCUCUACGGUGAACAGCAUGUCUGCUCACUCUUUCUCUGUAUGUCUCUAAAGUAAACAGGCACCUGAAAUCAGAGGGUCAUUCUCGUCUGCCAGCUAAGAUCAUCAGAGGUUUUUGUUCAGUUUUGACUCAAAAUGUGUAAAUGUUUGUCGUUUUCACAGCUCUGUCCUUCCCUGAAAAGAUGUCCCCAAUCAAAGCUCUCACCAUGAAGGACUAUGAGAAUGUAAGUCAAAUGGAUUAAUGAUUCUUAAACUGUGGUUACACAAUACCUCAUGGACCGUCCAAACAAAACGGUGAUCACUUUGUUGCUAUUAUUCUUAAUAAAUUGAAACCGCUCUGAUUAUGAGGUCAUGCAGUCAGCUUCACCCCAGCACACCAUACAGGCUGUUACGAUUUAUUAGAUUUUAUCCCCAGUCUGACAAAAACCCACUUUCACUGACCAUUUAUGGAGAUGUAGUGAUGAGGUGUGCGUGUAGGAGGGUAGAGAUGGCCUCAAGUCUAUAUUUCAGCAUUUGAGUUGUUGGCCUGGCUGCAUGAUUAGAGUUUUUUUUUUUUUCUUUUGGAGGGCCCAGACUUCUACUUCUUCCCUUUGACAGUCCACCCAACCCCCCAUUACCAGAUGCAUGACGCUGUGAGCCCGCAGCACAAUGAUGCACAGUCUACUUCACACACAUUUGCACUCAGACACUCACACACAAGCAUAAAGGCCUCCCUUCAUUUUAACAAUAUCCAUACACAUGCUCCUUUUCUGUUAUGUAAACACGCUGUCCUGGUUUCUCCCCGCCGCCAAACUGCAUGUUUUUGUACAUUGAUUACAAGUCAAGUGCAUUUAAUGUCAUGCUAGAAAAAGCAAAAAAAAAAAAAAAAAACAACUCUACUUUUAUGCGAUUAAUUGGUUUUAAACUAUUUCCCUGCAGCAAAUCACAGCCCUAAAGAAAGAGAACUUCAACCUGAAGCUGCGCAUCUACUUCAUGGAGGAGCGCAUUCAGCAGAAAUGUGACGACUCCACUGAGGACAUAUUCAAGACGGUGCGUAAUCUCCUCUUUUCGCAAAAUGCCAAUUCACCCUCAUGUGUCCAUCAUGACCCCCCUUAAAGUCUUUAUCCUCAUGUGACUCACUGUUUCCUUCCACCGCUAACUGAGCUGGCAAGGACCACAGCUUCAGCCACAACAGCUGGAUCUUGUUCGACCAAAAUCACGGCCUUUAAACAGCUGUCUCGCCUUUUUUUCUUUGUCUUGAGAUUUAGGCAUGUUUGAAUAUCCUGGUGUGUUUAAGGGCCCGGGGCGUUUCUCUUUUAUUCCAUGAGAAAUGAGGUGUCACUUAAAAAUGUUAUCUAGAGUUACACGUCCCAAGAUAAGCCUGAGCUUCAUUAAUUUGGCCACAUAUUACCUAACAACCUCCUUUUCUUCUCGUGUCACGUUUUGUGCUUUAUGACCAUUUGUCAAAGCACUUUGUACACCUCUUUUUUUAAAAGUGCUUUAAAAACAAAGUUAUUUGUUAUCAUUGUUUGAGCCAGUGUUUUUGUGGUUCCUCCAGAUUUGUUAUUAUUUGCGCUGUAAUGGCCUUAUUUUGUCUGUUUAUAGAACAUUGAGCUGAAGGUGGAGUUGGAGUCCAUGAAGAGAGAACUGGCAGAGAAACAGGAACUCCUGGUGUCUGCAUCGUGAGUGUUGUCCCCUAAAUAGUCCCACUUUUAUACUUGUAUUUUCUCAUGAUUAACACUUUUCAAUUUUGACACCAAAAAAGUUCAUAGAGGGUUAAAAUGUCAUAAAACGUAUCCCACUCGUGAUUGCUCUCCAGGAAAGCUUUGGAAAGCCUGGCCGGUCGGGAAUCAGGCGAACCUCAGCGCGUGAGAGAGCAAGCUCAGAGAGACAUGGAUGCACUUAGAGAUGCCUUCAGCAAGAGGAUAGCCGACCUAGAGCAGGUGAUGACAUUGAAAUUACAAAAACCUUUUUAUCAUCUUGGUUAAAUGUUGUUUCAGUGUGUAGUUGUUAUAGAAGCAUUUAUAAUCAAAGAGUGGGGUAAAAAUGAGCAGUGGGAUUGAGCCGUAGCUAUUCUGCCUGCAGUGCAGUCAAAAGCUGGAUUGAUGCUUAUUGCUUUGGAAGUGGUCCUACUUGGUCUUUUUGCCUCAUGUCAGAGUCUGCAAACAGCCGAGGAAGAGGUUGAGAAGAUGGCUGCGAUUGCUGAGCAAGAGAAGCUGAAGAGUAUCAACAUGGAGAGGCAGCUUCAGGCCCUGGGUCCAUUAAGCACCUUCCCUCCUGUCCCCAAUCAAGCUCAAGACCUGCAGCAGGCUCUGCAGGAGAAAGACAAGUAAGGGCUUGAAGUCCAGACACAUUAGCUUAAAUUCUUUUUCAGCUUCAGGGUCUGAAUUUUUUUCCUCUUUGUUUACAUCAGUAUCAUCGAGCAGCUCAAGAUCACUGUAAAAAAACAGGAAGCCCUGAUCCAGCAGAAGGAAAAUGCAGACCAAGACAGAGAUGCAGCAUCAGCUGACAGAGUUCAGCAGCUUUCUGAUCUCGUCACCAAGAAAGAUCAGGAACUAGAGGUAUGGAUGAUUCAUGUUUUUAUACGGCUGCUCUGGUUCUGAUGAAUAAAUCAUGGAAAAAAGGGGGGUAUUAAAAAACAACAAUGUUGCACUCACUCACUAACCUCACUGGUCAUGCUUAAGUCUGCAGCUCAUUUAAAGCCCCAAAACAUGAAUAAAAAGCACAAGCCAACAGUGCGUUCCUACAUGACUUCAUCCAGACUUUACCCCAAAAUGAUAGGAGGGGGCCAGCAGGAAAUAUUCCAGAUAAAAUCAUGUUUCUGCUCAUCCAGACAGAUCAUUUUUGGACAUUUUCAGAAUUUUUUGCAUGUCCAAAAGAAACUAAAGCCUCUUAUUUAUUUUUAACUGCUUAAUAGUUCAAGUUUUGAAGAUAUGAUUUUUAAAUAAAAAAUUUACACAAAACUGCAGAGUAUAAAUAAAUCUGAAUGUUUUCCAGGCGCUGAGAGACGUGCUACAGAAAGAAAGAGGCCGGACAACACCAGAUCAGCAGGUUGGUACUGCUGUGUUUGCCUUAUUGAUUCUCUGUGUGAAGUUUUCGUGUCACACAUUGGAGUGACAGACCGUCAGAUAAAUUUCCAUGCACCCAUGUUGCGUUGUUAAUAUUUUAUUUGACAAUUGGAUACUCUUCAUGUCAAUCACUGCUGUGUCCCUAUGUCAUACUUUGUUACUUGUAAUCGACUCACUGGACUGUGCAUUAAUGUGCCAAGUCACUCACACACUCAUGCUGCACACAGUCUGUGUGUAUUUGCUCACAAAGUAGGCACUGUUGACUUCAUGGGACUGUCGAUGUCGGUCUGUUCAAGCACAGGAAAUGCACUUUGGAGGGUUUUAUGGCUUUUGUUUUUUUUUCGUCUUUCCUCUGUGUGCCUCCUGGUGAGGUUUUAUUUGUGUCCCCUGCUUCAGUUAGGGAAGACGGCUGAAUACUCUCUUGGUUGCUGUGGCUAUCUUAGAGCUUUGAGUGGAUCGCCUAUUGUUGGUUUCACAAUAAGAGGCUUACAUCAUCAUUACUACGUGCUGUAGGAGGGAGUCUGGAGUUGAGGUGUGAGUUAGCAAGAAGAAAGCGGUGCCACAAAGAUGAUUAAGGAUUAAAGAUUUUGGUUUUUGCGAUUACAGUCUGAGUAAUAACCACAGCUCAACAUUUCUUAUGCAUUUAUUCAUUUAAAUUGAAGUGCUGUCUUUUACCAUUUUACAUUAAUUUGAAUUUAAUUAAUUUAUUAACUUUGCACUGAAAGCCUGACUUCCCCUGCUAAGCCAUUGAUCGUAACAGUCGUGUUUAUUUUUAAUUCCCUUACGAUCAAUGUUUCAUAACCUAACUCACCACUUACAUAAUACCACUCUGUUAUUAUGGUUUACCUUUACUCGGGUAUAUACUGCUGAAAGUAGUAAUCCUGCAGAUGCUGUGUUAAAUUGAAAGAGUUUGAUGCUUUAGCUGCAGCUUUUUUACCCCGUAGGUUUCACACAUAGGUGAUUCGUCACUUUGAAUAAUUCCUUGGUCUUCAUGGUCAGCCUGAAACAUUACUGACUUACUUAAGCGUUUACAAAAGUUUGCUUCUUGGUCCCUCUGCCAUCAGCUAAUAGUAGCGCAGCCCCCAUGUUUAUUAAUAAGUAUGGUAUUUCAAGCCUGUGCACAGUAGGUGCCACUUUGUUUUUGCUCCUUGCAUGUUGUGCCAAAUACAACAUACCGGCCCCUUUUUUGGGGGGUUACAGCAGGAGCACUCAAAGUUUGGUUAGAAGUGAAACCAAUCACUGAAGGAGAUGUAUGCACAGCGCUUAGCAUACAUGAGUACACCCCUUCAGAGUUGUCAGAAAACCUUUAGUUUCCUUUCAAAAUCAACAUUUUCUAUGUCAGACUGUACAACAAAAUACUUCCCCAAAUGUAGGCCAUUGAUUGCAAACAAGGUUUUUUAAGUUGCUUCCAAAUUUUUUUUUAUUUUUUUUUUCAAUUUAAAAUCAGGAUGCAAAAAUGAGUACACCCCAAUCAAAGUUGUGGGAGCAAAGCUAAAUUUUAGUUACCAUAUCACCCUUAUUUUCAUCUUAUGGUAAAUAAAAUUUUAUGUUAAAGCUUUGUCAGAACUUUGGAAAUUGUACUUUUGCUCAUCUAGAUAUCAUCUAGUGAUACAUUUCUUUUAGUAGGGGGUGUACUGAUUUAUGCUGGGCACUUAAUGUAUGUGGACAUUGUAAGCAAGGCUGUAUAUUGCUAUCAUGUCUUAAUUCUCUGCUUGCAGUGCCUUCCUUAAGCUUGAUGUGAGUAACCUCUCUUAAUCUUUUUAGUGAAGUUUGAAGGAGUUUCAAGGUUGAAAUGAAUCUGCAUUGGUUGAAUCGUCUGGAAAAUAUUAUGUUUUUCCUUUUCUGUGUAGCAGAGUGUGGUUUUAUUCUGAACAUCUUGACACUGAAUAUUAUUAAAAAAAAAUUACCCUUAACAUAAAAUGCAGAUUAUUUAUUAUGUAUUUUUGGGAGCUGGAAGUUACUAAGGGUGGGAGAAAAAAUCGAUACAGCAUAGUAUUGUGAUAUAUUGUGUUUACAUAGUAUCAGUUUUUCAAAUUAAUUGCUAAUAUGAAGUCAAAUCUAUGAUAAUGGAAAAUUAAAUUAACUGUUUGUCCAGUGAAGUUGGCAGAGGUGACAUCAAAGAGCAGGAGAAAGUUAGUACAAAUUAUAUUUUUAAGGUUUGCAAGAUGUGCUACAUGAAAGUAAAAUAUAGCAUAAAUAAAACAAACAUACAGGAAAGACGAAUGCUAAGUUAGCUAAACAGUUGAAAAAAUUGUAAAAAUCACAAUAAUAUCGUAGCAUGGCCAAAGUAUUGUGAUAAUAUCAUAUCGUGGGGUCACUAGUGAUUCCCACCCUUAGAAGUCACCUGUUUAAAGUAUUUGAUCUAAUAUUGCUUAUAAGCUUUGAAAGGAAAGAAGUUUAACGCUGACGUCUAAAUAUGAUACAGGUGAAGGAUGAAAGUCUGUGACGUUCAGGUUACAAAGCUUAGUUUGGCAGCAUCUCCGCUUCCCUCAUCAGGUCUUGGCGUCUGGACUCAGGUCACGGUGUUAAGACUGGAUUACUGCGUCGUCUGGAGAGUGUUCCUCUCAGAGUUAUUUACGUCCAUCCUAUAUUAAAGGUUAAAAAAAAGAAGAGGCUGUUGUCCGUCAGUGUUUGUCAGGUUUUGAAAACAAAUGAAGUAAAGUUUGGUUGGGAAAAGGAUCCAGAAAGAUAGGGUGGAAUAUUAUUAGCAGGGCUGCUUUGGAGCGAGACAGGUCAUUGUAGGGGAGUGUAAUGGAAUUUGUUACCGCACUGAUUGACAUGAUUAUACAUCAGCCAGACUUAAAGCGGAUUUUCGAUGUACUGCCAGGAAGGAAGGAGUCUCUUUGAGUGAUGGAUGCUGCAGUCUUCAUCCGUAUCACGGGGGGUCAUCUGUGUGGGGUUGAUACCUCCCUCAGUGCACCUGGGAGGAGGUUUUCCACAAAUGGUCUGGCAGUGGAUACAACCCCGGUCCCUGGAGCUUUCCUAGAGGAUUUUAUCUGAUUGAAUAUGUGGGAGAGAAUGGCAUAGAGGCGGGAGCAGGGAUUAUCAAAGGAUUAGGGCUUUUAGUGCUCUGCACUCAGUCGCUUUCCUCGGUGCUCCUUUCCCCGAAGCAGUCAGAGAAAGUGAGAGAUGGCUCUUCCAUGGUUGGCAUGUUUAUGAUUAUGAGGUCAUUGGACAGUGUGUGCAUCAGUGAGAGGAUUCUUGGACUUGCGUUAAGUGGGUAAGCAUAUACGACCAAAGGGCACCAUGAGAGACCCGUGCCGGAUUUGCGGCGUUCGUUUGGUGGGAAGUCAGUGUCGCUGGAUCUUUAGCUCAUCAGCAAAAAGGAAGCUACAUGUCAUUUUGUCCCAUGUGCUGGGCUGGGAGUUGACUCGGGAUGGUCGUGGAGAGUUCCUCUGCGGGAAGUGCGUGUUCCAGCUGGAGAAAGUGGUAACGUGUGAUGUUAGCAUUAGCCAGCUGCAAGACAAACACAACAGCGAGGUCCAGAGACUGCAAGCGGAGAAGGAACACCUGAUUCAGUGCAUCGUCCAUAUUUACAGAAAAAACAACCCCCAGCUGGAUAAGAGUGACUCAGAGAGUUCCAGUUGCAAGACUCUGAUCAAGUCCUCUGAAGUGGACAGUACUGAAGAUGAGGUCGUGUGUCACCUGGCGUCUGAGAUUCAGCAGUACAAAGAGACUGGUCACACAGAGAUUCGGAUCAGAAGGUGUGUGAGCUUGGACCGUAUCGUGAGUAAAGGAGCAUACUCAGCCCGCUCUACUGUCAGGAGGAGCAGGAUUGGAUCAGCAGCUUGGCUCGAUGGCUCCGUGAAGAGCUUUAGUCUUCAAGGUACACGCCACUGUUCACAGAGCACGUACUUGGACCUGGUCCAGCGCAAAGGAACGCUGCCCAGACCUGGAUUCAAAGCUCGCUCCACAUCUAUGCAGUGCCUCAAUAAAGAUUUCUCCCUUGACACCAUUCAAGACCCCCUCCCCAAAUCCAGAGCCAGGGAGCCCAAGAUGCUGGUCCCUAGGCACGGUGUCUCUGAAGACCUAGGGGGAAAAGUUCAGGCCAGAGCACUUCUCCAUCGCAGCUCAAGCCAGCCUUCUAUUAUCUCAGACUUGAUCCAGCUCCUGCGCUGCAUCUCAAGGCAGCAGGUCUGUGCUCCACCAGGGAGCCAUAUUCCUGUUCUGAAGAGGUUAAAUACUGGCACCCUGAACCCCAGAGUCAGACGCAAACUCAAAGAUGUAGAAUGGAAGUCUCUGCAUGACCUCUCGGAGGAGUUUGACGAUCAGUUCACUCCUGUAAAAGCUAAGGUAGAUCUGUAACACAUGAGAUUAGCUGUGACAGACAACUGCUGUGUAAUAUUGCUGUUUCAUUCACACUUUCACUUUUUCUUGUCUGUGCAGAAACAAGGUGAAUUCAGCCGACCGGAGUCCAGCAACACACUUCUUACUGAGGAGAUCACGCGAGCAAAAACCACCAUCGAGAACCUGAGCAAAACACUGGGGGAAACCCAGAAUGAAAACAAGGUAUGAGGGGAUGUCUUUUGCUCAUAUGAAUUCCUUUAAGUAAGACUGCAAGGUUUCUUUAUGUAAUACAGCUGAUUUAUGCGAACAGAACCUGUUGGGAAAGAUGGAGGAGAAGGAGAACGAACUCAACACGGAGAAGAAAAACGCUCUGAAACGAGACAAAACCAUCCAGGGGCUCACUCAGGUGCUCCGAGAAAAGGAGAAAGAGGUAAUAAUGCUCUCACAAUAAUCCAGACAUUUUAUUGACUGUGCUGUAAAUAAGACUUAACCUUUCUGUCUGUCUCACUAAUUCUGUAUUAUGCAACAGUGACUGCAGCCUGUCUGCCUUUUCCUUUGUAUUGCACAGAUUGCAGAGCUGUGUCAUGACAUUGAGGACAGAGAUGACGCUCUGGCCAAGGCGAGAGAAGCAGCACAUAAAGCCCAACUGCAGAAAUACCAGGCAAGUUCUACAUUUGUUAGGAGAAAGCCAAACUCCUCAGACGUGACCGUAAAGCAGAGGGACAUUUUUCUAUCCCUCUAGCUUUUGAUUUUAAGCAGAUCUUCCUCUUACCCUCAGGGAGCAGAAGAGCACCAAAACCUUUUAAUGGAAAAGCAAACAGAGCUGGCCCAACUCCAGGGAGAACACCAUGCCAAGGUGCUUGAAUCCCAGAAACUACAGCGAGGCCUGGACAGGAAGGAUCAAGAACUGGCAGAUUUGCAGCAGGCAAAGGAGCAGCUAGAGGUGGAGCUGGAGGAUCUGCAACAGCAGAAGAAGAAGGGAGAUAAGGCCCUGAAUGUAAGACUAUUAGAAGACACGAUUGUUGAGUAAACAGUUACUAAACCUAAUAUUUUUUCUAGAGUUAAGCCUUUUAAAUAAGACAUCUAUUAGACAGAGUUUCCAUUUCAAUCUACAGGAUCUGAAUAACCAGCUCAAAAAGCUCAGAGGUGAGAUUGGAGAAAGGGAGAGUGCCCUGGAGCAGCAGUACCAGGAGCUGCUGGAUCAAACAAAAAGAAAACUGCAGUCACACGAGUCCACAAUCCAGCGGCUCACAUCCACUCUGACCGAUAAGGAGCAGCAGCUACAGGUGACAUAACAACAUCAUGAUAUUAACAGACAGAUUUUAGACGAAUAUUUUUUUUCAAAUAUCUUAUUACACGGCUCUUUUCUGUGUUCAUCAGGAGUACAUAAACAUGGUGAGAGACCUUGAACAAAGCAAAAGCACUGAAGGGAAGGAAAGCGUGCUUUCCAAGCUGCGGCAAAGGCUGAGAGAGAAGGAGAAAGCUCUGGAGGUGUGCUGCAUUCUCUGGAUUUUACCUUCUCCCCACUGUGACUUAAACUGAGUUCUGACAUUGCCCUGUUUGCUUUCUCUCACAGCAAGCGCUGGAUGAGAAGUUUGCUGCCGUCGAGGAAAAAGACAAUGAGAUACACCAGCUGCAGCUGUCUCUGAGGGAGAAGGAAAGAGACCUGGAUAGACUCAAUAACUUACUCUCUCACAAUGAGGAAACCAUCAAUGUAAACAGUGACUUUAUUACAUAUUUAAUGUAGUAAUAGUAUCAGAAACUGGAAUUCGGACAUCUUCAAUGAUGAGUUACAAAGUCUAUCGCUUUACUUCUGUCCUCUCUUUACAGAGUUUUGACAGUCUGAUCAAAGAGAAAGAUGUAGAGCUGCAGCAUCUCGCAAACACCCUGAAGAACCUGCAGAGAUCCAAGCAGGAAGCAGAAGAUAACCUGAACCGAUCACUGAGGGAGAAGGACUCCAUAAUCAGCCAGCUGCAGCUCUCUCUGGAGGGCAAGACAAAAGAUAUGGAGGUCAGCUUAAAAAAAUCGUAUAUUCCUUUAUUUUAUGUCUUUAUGUACAUUUUAUUUUAUUUUGAUGUUUCCUUUAAGUUAUGCAAGCCUGCCCCUUUUUUUAGGAUAUGGCUAACUCCAUGCUAAGCCAGUCACAGAGUCAUGCCCAUGACCUUGCGGAACAGAUGGGCCAGAGGUUGAAGGUCACUGAGGCUAUGCUGGCAGAGGCUCAGAAGGCCAGAGAAAGGCUAAUCAUUGACAAUGAGAGCGCUGUGGAGGGGCUGUUGGCUACAAUCAACAGCAAGGAUAAACUCCUAAAGGUAGAAAUUUGAUUAUUUAAUCGGGGCAAAUGAUGUCGGGAUCUGUUUUGGUUCAAAUUUUGUCUGUCAGGUAGAUAAUUUUUUACUCUCAUGGAUUUUUUUUUGUGGUUAGCGAUCUGCUUAUUUGUGGCAUUCCUCAGGGUUCAGUUCUAGGUCCUCCACUUUUUUCCCUACACAUUCAGCCGCCGAGCAAAAUCACAGGGAGGCAUUGCAUUCAUAACCACACCAAUGACACAGCUGUUUACUGCUGGUUCAACUCAAGCCUCAGAUUUUUCUCAUUUUACAACACCAAUGCACCACCAAUAACCUCCAAGAUGCUGCUAUAAAAGGCAUCUUUUGAUAGUGGGUCACCAUGGUGGAGCCAGCAAUGCAUAACUGUGUCAUCACUGUGGCUUAGAAAAACAUAGGCAGUGUCUCCUUAUUGUUGCUGAGCAGCAGUAUGUGUGGAUUAAAAAAAGUAUAGGACCCAAAAUUGAACCCUGAGGAACACCACAAUCACAUGUUCUUCUUUCAGAUUAAAAACAAUAAAACUGAUAUAAACCAAAAUAAACUUCUUAUUUGCGUUUUAAAACUGCAAAUAAGAAGAUGAAAGUGUGAAAUUAUGUUGGAAAAUAGUUACUGCAUGUAUCUAGGAUAUACUGUUUAAAGGGGUUCGUAUGACAGUGGACUCAUUUGUCUUCAUACAAAAAUCCACAUGAAACAAAUUCUUAUUUCCUGCGUCUGUUAUUUUGCCUUCUCAGGAGUCCGCCGAGCACUACAACCGCAUGCUGUCUGAGCGUACACAAGAGAUUCAGGAGCUGAGGAAGCAGCUGUCUGACUGUCAGCAGCAGCUCGCUGCCGCUGAGAGACAAAGCUCCACGACAGCCCAGGAGGGAAAUUUAGAGACAGCAGAGCUCAGAGCCCUGCUCGCUGACAAAGACAGCCUCAUCAAUGUAAGUUCCUAUGAGACAAAACACAGUCAGCUGUAAAACCUACUUGACUUAUGAGCCUAACAAGGAGAGGAAGUCCGUAGUCCCCAGGAGAGUUACACUAAUGAUUCUCCCUUACCUAUGUUCUGUUUUUAAAAUGGUAAACUUAAGUUUCAGUCUGUGGUUGUUUGUGUAACUUUGCAGAAGCUGCUGCAGCGUGGUCAGGAGAGGGAUCAGUAUCUGGCAGAGACGAGGCAGAAGGAGGAUCAUGUGAUGGAGCUUAGACAGACGAUCCAGAUCAUGCAGGAGAAACUGGAUGAGAAGGAUGGUGAGGCAGUGAGACCUUUUAACCCCUUUUUACGUGGCAUGUAUGAGUAAAAGUGACAAAUCUGUCCUCACUCUGAUUGUGUUUGUUCCACAUUGAAGCUGAGCUCACCAGGAGGAACAGCGACGAUAACGCAGAAAACAAUCCUCUACCCAAGAAGACAAUUGUUGUCCUGAAGAAGGAGCUGGCACAGAAAACCGAAGCACUAAACAAAGCACUUAAAAGGGAAAAUGAGCUAAAGGUCUGUUUAUUACGUGCGUUUGACUUUGAUAGUUACGAAACCAGCUCUGAGUUUAGUUUCCAAUAAUCUGUCUCUCAAUUUUCUCUCUAUUUAGAUUUCUUUGGCUGAGCUGCAGUCAUUGUUGUCAGAGAGGGAGGGCCACAGCGAGGGUCAGGCUGCUAAUAUUGAAUCCCUGACAGCCACUCUGAAGACUAAGGACGAGAUUAUCAAUGUAAGGGUUCACCUGUAAACGGUCAAGAAAAGCACAUGAGCUUUGCAUAAGGAGCUUUUCCUCUGAUUCCAUCUAAACUCAGCGGCCACUUCUGGGAGGUCUUAUGUUUUGUUUUAAUGUCUCUGCAGGUUCUCCACCAACAGCUCGGGAAGAGAGGGGACGGCGGGGCUGAUCAUACCCAGGAUCAGGUCAUCAGUUCUGGCAUGGAGAGAUCACUUCCAGGGCUUCCUCAGAGAGAGAGAACCAUAAUCGGUGGAGACAGCCAGCAAGAAGUACAUUCUCCUCUUAAAUGAAAUACCAAAGAAAUCAACAGAUUUGACAUUUUAUUUGUCAUUAAAACCACUUUGUUUUAUGGUUUCUGUCUACUUAAAGGCUUUGCCCAACCUCUUAGCACUGCAACAGGAACGUAACGCUCUGAACAGAUCUCUUCGAGCUGAGCAGCAGCUCUACUCCAGCCUGGUCAGGACCGUGAAGGAGCAGGACAGGUAAGUGGUUAAAACGAAAGAGCUGUUUGGUAACUUAUUGAAUUAAUUACUGUGGUUUUAAUGCACGUGUGCUUUGCAGUGCUCAACGUCUCCACGCUCUGCAGCUGGAGCUGACGGCUGUGCAGCUGCUCCGGCAGCAGCUGGAGGACAGCAUCAAAACUAACGAGGAGCUGAGGGACGACCUGGAGAGAGAGAUACACAGAGCCAAAGUCAGAGAAGGUGCAGUGAUUAAAGAUGAUGAAAAUAAAUGAAAGAAAAUAAGAAAGAGAACAUUUAUCAGUCCAGUUUGUAGAGUUGGAAAACUAAAACUCAGGGAGACAUUUAUUCAUAGCUUGUACACAAAUACACCUGACAUCUUUAUCCUGCAUGUUUGCUUCAAUAAUAUCUCCUGCUGACAGGCUCACACCCCCCCCUCAUUAUGUGUCACUUUAUUCAGAGUCCCUCCAUCACUCAUCUUUCUGCACUUUCUGUUCUUUAAAUCAUCACCUCCUCAUCUGCGUGUCUAUCCAGAGUAGAUUUGCCUGUUUUCUCUGUCCGUCUGUCUGUAACUGUGAUGGCUCCAGUCUAUUUCCUUGUGUGUCUGUCCUUUUAUUAAAAAGAAAAAGUGAAUAAAGGCUGCUGUCGGACGGUUUUCCUGUCUCUCACUUUUCACACUCUGUCUGUUUUUUUUCACCGCCCCAUUAAAAACACUUGGUUGUUUAUUGAAUGCUCUAACUCCCCUCUGGUUAUUAAUCCAACUCAUGUGAGCAUCUGUCAUUUCAUUGCACAAGCAUUUUGUUACGUAACAACUUUAAAAAGGGUAUUUCAAUUUGUCACACUGCUUCAGAAUCAAGUUUCCUCCUAGAAUAAAUCCUCAUAAAUGAGCUUUAUUUGUCUACUUUUGACAUAGCAGUUAAUCUAAUUGACCUCUGAGUGUGUAUGAUGCAGCAUUGAGACUGAUUAAAGGUGUCACUCUAGCAUAAACACUCUUACAUCAGUGUUUAUCCACAUGCAUGUGAAGUGCAGACUGCUCCCCUCCGUCUGUCUGUCUGUCUGUCUGCAGAGAGUCAGGUGUAUAAAUAGGUCAGCUGUAAGUAACAGGCUCGUGGCUCACAUUCACUCAGUAUCCAGUGUAGAGAUAGAGCCACAGUAAUUAAAACUGAUUACAUUUCCACAUGUCCUCUUUCAUUUCAUCAUGUGUGUGCUACACGUGCACAGUCUGAUCAUAUUUAAACAACUCUAUUACUGUUAAAUGUUUAUUUUUUGGGGAGUUGCAGACCGCUAUCUCUUCAUAAGACACUGCUGCUUUUUUAAAAAUUUUAAUUCCACCUCUUCUUAACCUGAUUUGGUUUUGGAUUUCAUGCGUAUUGAUUGCAAUAUUAGAAGCAUUUUAAACAGUUUUAUGUGGCCAAAAAUUCUGCAUGUUUGGUAUUUGAGCGAGCCUUAAUUUCCAUCGAAUUCAGUAUUUUUUUCACUCCUGAGCUGUCCUAUUUUACACACCAUCGACUCAAAAUUUCAAGUUUUGUAAGGGUCUCUUUUUCCUGCAGGGAUUGUUUUGUUUUUUCUAAAUUAAUUAUUCAGAAAUAACCUCUUUCAGAUGAAUUCACACACACACACAGAAGUCAACUGCGUUUCACAAAUUAAAGCUCCUGUGAGGAACUUUCUGUCCGUGUUGAUUUUGGCACCCCCUGUGGACGACAUAGUAACUUUCGUCCUUAUAAAGGCGCUGUUAAUAGACGAAACUCUUCCCCUGUUGUCUUUUUACAGUAAAAUCUAUCACUCUGUUAAAAUUUGUUGUGGGAGAAGUUUCCUCAAAUGUUUUAGCAGCUAAAAAGGACUUAAGAGAAAUGUUCAAUUUUGUUGCCAAUGCUCUCAUUCCCUUUUGAACAUCAUAGAGAUGCAUCUCUUUUCAUUUCAGUCUGGUUUAUAACCUCCAAAAAAACUCCUCUGCACAGGAAACAUGACCUCUCUGUAUUUCUUCAGGUGUGGACCUGAGUGAUCCUAAUGAACUGGAGAGUGUGAGACACCAGCUGGAAGACGCACAACGCUGGAACGUCUCUCUGCAGGCUCGCUUAGGAGCCAUACAGAACCGGGGAGGAGGCGUCGGUGGGACCAACGAUGGUGGUAGGAUUAAAAAAAAAAUUAAACAUCUUAUUCCAGAGCGUUGGAAGACAGGAGGUGUUUAAUAAACCUGACUUUACGUUAUUUUUUAGGUGACACUCUGAGUUUCAUUGGAGAUCAGACUUCCUACAUGAGUAUCUGUGUGGGUGAGGGGCAGGAUGACAGCUUGUCUCAACUCUCUGCGCAGGAGCUCAGGCAGAAGGUGACCUCCUUUUUUUUUAAACAUAUUAUAAAUAAAUAAAUAAAUCCAAUUCAAGUUAAUCCGACUGGGUAAAUACAGCAGUAGAUUAUAAAGUGGUUGUCAAAGCUAGAACCAAAUUAGGUAGAACUGGAAGGCAGCAAUACAGUUUGUAAAGAUAAACCCUUCAUGUUCUCAGGUGCUGGAGCUGCAGGACACCGUCAGCAGACUACACGCUUUGAAUAAUGAGCUGCAGAGCCGACUUCCACCAUCGGAGAAGUCAGAUUGUGAUAAGGAAGUCAGAGAGGUGGCCGGCAGCAGCCCCGUGAAACAGGUUAGAGGCCAAAACAAAGGAGGAAGUUGUACUUAAAAAUGAAGAUGACUGUUUCUCUGGAGAUGUUUCAUCAGUCAUCGUCUAACAUCCACCUUUAUUAGCGCCUUUCUUACCUUCAACCUAAAUCUUAACCUUUACUCUGUCUAACCUUUUACUAGUGUCUCUUUAUUCUGAUCUGUAGUGUUGUACUGUGUGUCUUAUUCUCUAACAACUCUGUUUCUGCUCUGUAGUAGAAGACUCCCUCUUCUUUUCCUAACCGCUCCCUGUGUUUUCUUUAUCUCUGUGUCCCAUGAAAUGAUCUCUCUUCGCCACGCCACAUUAGACACGCCAUACCAUUCUGCUGUUGCUGUGCAGUGUUUUAUGGAUUCUGUUCCCUCGUUAAGUUUUUUCUUUUACGGAGCCAUUUGUGUCACACUCGCCUCCCAUCCCAUUACUCUAGCAGCUUGAGAAGGCGCAGGAGACGCGGCCCGCGGUUUACAGCAGGAGGACACAUCAGACUGGUCAGGAUAAAGAGAGUCAGACGGAUAUCAGGCUGGAACAGGUAUGAAAAACUUCAUCUCUGAAGAGCUUUUCUUUAAUUUUAGACAUAGGCACAGGUUUAUAUUUUGGUCAUAUUUCCUCACGUUUGCUUGUAGAUGAUGUCUUGGAGGCUGCUGGGUAAUACAAGUGGUCCAAACCAGAGUGAAGAGCCUGCUCUGUCUGGUAAUGACACUCGAGAUGCUGGAGACAAAGACUCACAGGAGAGGAACAUAGACAAAACGGCACUUCAGUCUCUCCUGGCUGAAAAUGGGGUCACAUCUGUCACAAGCCUCAGGUGGGUCUUUGCUGUAGUUAGAGUCCAAGUCGUGUUUUUUACUUUCACUUUAACCGCAGUUGUAAAGUUGUUGCGUUUUCUUCAUUGCAGGGAAGAGCUGCUCAGACUCAGGUCAGAAAUCACAGAGCUGCGGGGUCUCCUAAAAGAGCAAACAUCCACCGAGAGUAAAGAGAGAUCGAGCACCGACGCCUCCGAGAACAGCAGUGAUGGACAAGCGGAGUUAAGAAAGACGGAGGGUCACUUUAAAUUCACGACUCUGGAGAAACAGAGGAACUCUUACAAAACGUCAGAAGGAGGGAGCCCUGUCAGCUCCUCAGAGGGGUCACAGAGUCCACAAACUAAAACCCAAAAACACAACAAGAGUCCAAAGCAGCAUGUCGCCAAACAUGGGGUAAGUUUUGACAGAGAUUUCAAAAUUAUAGUCACAUGACAACACUAAAAAAAAGUGUAUACACUAAGGAUGUAGUUCUUGAUGAUUGGUGCACACUUUGAGACUUUAAGGACAUUUACACCAAGCAUUUGUUUCUUGUGUAUCUAUAUGUUUGUGCCAUGCAUGUCAGCUCAAAAUCAUCAGAACUGUAUUUUGAACGUCUUUUCCAUCUGUUUCCAUCCCAGGCUGGAGUCAGAUCUCGUCUUCCAGUCCCUGUUAGGCUGAGAGUGGAGGCGGGCCACAGCAAGGGGGUUUUAAACUCUGACCAUCUGAGAACUGAUGCACUAAAACACCUUCACAUGGAUGAGCUAUGUGGGCCUGACCAGCUGCUACUCACAGACUCCGACUCGUCCUUACGUGGGUACACGUGUGGCAGCAGCCAAGUGGAGACGGACAACGGCUCUGAAGCAGGAACAACAACAGAUCCCACCCCAGCCAACUCGGCUCUGCUCACUCAACUCGAGCUCCUCCACCAGGAGUGUCAGGAGAAAGAGGCUCUGAUCAACAAGCUCAGCGAGCAGCUGGCCGAGUGGGAAGAGCUGGACGCUCAGCUCCAGGAAAAGGACUCGCUCAAUCGGCAGUAUGUGGAGGCCUUACGGGCCGCAGAAUCCACCAUCGCUUACCUGACCGCCUGCAGUCUGGACAGCCAGCAAGGAUUUGGGAUGCACACCCCAGGCUCGUGUGUAGGCUCUGGCUCUGUGGGUUCAGAUACGGCCCUCCAAAGCAGGUGCAUGGAGCUGCAGACUGCGCUACACCAGAAGGAGGAGCUCAACGGCAAACUUAUAGAUCUUCUGAGUGCGGCAGAGAAAGCCAUGGCCUCCUCUAAAAGCCAUGAUCCAGAAAACAUCGAUCUGUGUUUAAAAAUAGUGACGGCCUUGCAGCAGGAGAAUGCUUCUUCAAGUCGACAGAGCCCAAGAGGCAGUUUGGGAGGCACAGAUGACUCGGUACAAGAGCUGCAGCGACAUGUGGACUGUUUGCAGGAGGCACUGUUGGAGCAGAACAGGCGGAACGCAGAGCUGCAAGAAAAACUGAGAGCUGCAGAUCUUGCAGCUACAAAAAGCGUCAGCAGUAGAGACCAGAAUACAGAACCGCAUCAGAACAAGGAGUCAAAGAGAAGCUCUGAUGAUGUCUCCUUAAAUCAGGAGAUGACCAGAGUUCUCAUGAACUGCCUAAGUGCUGCAGAGUCUGCCGUUGCUUCCCUUGCAGCAAACUGUACAAAUACAAGCUCCUCAGCUUCAGGCAGAUCUUCACAGUCCAACUCUGACCUGCAGAUUAACUUAGAGAAACUUCAAAAAGCCCUGCAGGAGAGAAAACAGCUAGGAGAGCCGUGUCAGCAAACUCUAAAAUCCACUAGUAACUCGGCUACAUCUUCUGAAAGAAAGGGAGAGCAUCAACAAGAUCUCCAUGACAACGUCUGCCUCCUCCUGAAGGUCCUCAGAGAUCAAAAUCAGAGAAUAUCGGAGCUCCAGGCUUCCCUGCAAGAAGAGAAGGGUCACAAGGAGGAGAGUAAGGUGGGGUCAUCGCAGGACGUGAAGGGGUUGCCACCAAGUGUUCAGCUUCAGCUGGAGACUCUCCACAAGGCGCUGAGGGAGAAGAAGAAAGCCUGUAAAAGCCUGGAGGAGAAACUGGCCACCGCUCUUUCCAACACUCCCUCCCCUGAAACGACACGGAGAGGUAAGCUGGUGUCAAAGUAGAGACGAUUUAAAAGCAUGCUUGUGUUGAUUGAGACCAAAAUGGAUUCAGGAACACCACAAAGGAGAGAGAGCCUGGUGCUCGCUGAAUGAAUUUUCCUAACUCAACAUAUAUUACCUCCAAUGCCAGCUCUGGAGCAGGAUGACAAAGGCGUGCAGGUGGAUUUGCAGGACCUGGGUUACGAAACCAGUGGCAAGAGUGAGAACGAUAGGGAAGAGAGCAGUAGCACAGGUAGACGGCCUUCAGACGGACUCUGCAUGUCUGUCUGCUGAGUGGACACUAAUCUCACCUGUGGAUAGAUUCUCUGUAUGCAUGAGGAGUGACCAAAGGCAUCUGUAUCUCUGUCUCUUACCUUGAGAUUUUUUUGUUUCCACUUUGGGUGUCUUAACUCCACAAUCUUCUAGUUUUAACUCGGUGUUUCUUGGAAUGAGCAUUGAUGAGUUCUUGCAUGUUUCCACUCUGAUGUUUGGAGCACUCAUUAACCUUUCACUUUAUUUUCUCUUCUUAUCUCACUGUAAAGCUCUCUUCCUCAAAUCAUUUCUUUUCCCACAGAAUAUGCGUCCACCAGCUGAAGGUUUUUUUUUUUUUGUCCCCUCUGUCACCAGAUCUAGAGGUUGGUGUGAAGCCCAGCUGCAGUGCCUCUAGUCUGCCCUCUCUGCUGAAACAUGAGCAGGCCAACUACUCCUCCACAGACAACCUGGACUCCACUUCCAGCACCCCAUACCCAAGUUCCCCAGCCUUCAGCUCAGCCAAGGUAGGAAACUCGUCUCUACUUACUUCAUCUAUAUUAUACAAUUUCCCACUCUCCCAAGUUUCAGACCAUUUGGAGUCGAUAGGUACAAAAACAAAAAUUAGCAAAAAAAAUGUCCUUUUUUUUUUUUUAAGUGUUUGGGUUACGUAAGAUGUGAGGGUUUUAACUACAGUUGCUGACCUGGGAUUCUCAAGGGAACGAGAUAGAGAUCUGGGACCAAGACCAAACCACCCUAUUUCAUGUACCUCGAGUUCACUGGUACUGGAAUGAAGUCUCUACGGCGUUGCGUUCCAAAGUUAUGGGCAAUUUAAAAAAUCCCCAUUCAAGUGAAUGGGAUUGUCCAGGGCUGCUACCCUCUAUAGCAAGGUCAAGCACUGUUUUUCUAAGUGUUUAAGGUUAGGGUUAGGGUCGGGGUCAUCACUGUCCAGUACUUAUUUAGGAGCACGUAUCAGACCAUUUGGAGUUGGUUGGUACCAAAAAAAAUUAGGAAAAGUUUUCGAAGUGUUGAGAUUACGUUAGGGUACAGGGGUUUCAACCACAACAGUCGAUUGGCGAUCUCCAAGGGAACAAGAUAGAGAUCUGAGUUCACUGGUACUGGAAUGAAGUCUCUACAACGUUGCGUUCAAAAGUUAUGGGCUGUAUUUAUCGACUGUAUUAACCAUAUUCUUUGUUUUCAGGUCAGUCUAAAAGGUCUGCAGGUCUAUGAUGAGUAUGGCGUUUCUGAAGACCCUCACCAGCUUCAGGGGCAAGUCAAAGAGCUGAAGGCCCAGCUGGAGAACCAGACCAAACUCAUUCUGCAAAUGCAAAGCCUUCUUCGUAGGAACUCUCUCUCCAGUGACCAUCUCGCCAACGCUCCAGAUCCAUCAGGGGGACGAGAAGGGACGCACAGGGAUAACCACAGCCAGGGUAAGGGCCACAGGAGUGGACUGCUUGGGGAGAAGAAGGAGGGGGAGAACCAGGCAUUGAAGGAUAAAGGCAGCCAUCUAAAUGUGGAAGUUGAAGGAGAGAAGAUCCAGAGCAGAAGAUUGAGUGAUCAGCUGCAGCAGACACGCAGCCGCUCUACAUCACCUGCAAGGUCAGCAGUCUUCUAAGUAACUAUGAGUGAACCUGCACUAUCAUUUUCAAAACAACAUCUUCUGUUGUCCCUCCUUUGACUCGUCUCCUCCCUGUCUCACUCAGACUGGACUCCCUGGUGCAGUCACAAGCCAGAGAGCUGUCUCAACUCAGGCAGCAGAUAAAAGAGAGCCGCAGGCUGGGAGCCCUGCAGCGCCGGCAGCUGGAGGAGCUGAACAAGGCCUUCAAGGAGCUGCUGCAGGCCAACUCAGUGGACUACUACAUGGGGGAGGUGGUCAAAGAGCAGCUGGAUAAGAGCCUGGGCAUCUUGGACAGGCUGGAAGGACGACUGGACAAAGGUAGAGCUGAACUUUAAAAUGCACAAAACUCCAAAAUUAAAAAUGCAAAUGAAUUAUCAAGCUCUGCCAUCUUGCUUUAUAAUUAUAUCUCCAAUUAAGUUGAGGCAUGUGCUGAGUUUUAAAGGAAGCUGUGUGUAAGUUUAAUGAGAACAGCGCUGUGAAUGGUUUUAAUAGAGGGCGUCUUCGGCAGAGAAAGAGAAGUCCUCUGAUUUUUACUGACAGCUCCUUGACAGCAUCUUUUCUCUUCUGCCAGGAGAGUCUCAUCUGGAUAACGAGGAUGUGGCGGCUCUGGAGCUGUCACGCAGGUAUGUCUCCAACUCUCAUACUCCGGUAUUUUAUGAUCAGUGCUUUGUUUAUUCACCUUUCAUUUGUAUACUUUUUAUUAUCUGUCGUAAAACCAGAUUUCUGGAUAAUCUCGUUCCCUGAUUCUCUGUCGACAUGCUGAAAAAAAAAUCUUUUGUGUUUGAGGAAACAUGCUCAUUUUCUCUCUGGUGGAAAAUGAGAUUAAGGAUGGUUAUCUCCUCCAUAAAUAUUUAGCCGGAGCAAGCAGCCAAGAGGACAAACAGCUAGCUUGGCUCGUCCAACUACACUGAAAGAUAACAAAAAAACACAGUCCAAACUUUGUGUUUUGGCUUAUUUAAUGUUUGACUUAUAAUCCUCGUUAGCUGAGAUGUUUUAGUUUUGAUCCGAUGACCCUUUUUCAGCCCCCCCUCCCACUUCCACCCGGCCAUUUUGCCGUAUGACCCUGGGCGGUGCGUGUUUUGUUGAUAUUGAAUAGUAUCCUGCUGUUGACCUAAUUUUUUCUGUGACGACCAAAACAUUAAGGUUAGACUGCCCUUUAACUGGGUCACUGGUGUGUCUGAGAAAGCAGAGCACAGGAACCACGUCAAUACUCAUUCAUUUAUGCAUGUUUGGUGGAGCCUUAGGCCGUGUGUGUGUGAGUGCGCACGGAGAGGAAAUCUCAUUCUUAGAGCAAAUGCGCCUUUAGCUUUUCUACAUACAUAGUUUAAAUCAACGACAGUAUAUUUAAAAUUAUUAAAGGUUCAGAGAAGUUUCUUUACAAAAAGGACAAGUCUGAUAACUGAUACUGGAUCUUGGCAGCGGUGCAUUUAAAACAGCCAUGACUUUGCAGUGGAAAUCACUACAUGGGACAAAAAUCCACAGCCAAAAAACACAGUUUGUUGCUGCAUCAACAAAUGCAGGUCCGAACUUCACCAUGCUAAGAGGAAACAAAAUAAAUAGUAAAUAUGAUCCCGGAUUACUGGCAAUUUUUCUGUCUAUUCAGGGUGGACUGAGGAAAGUUGAAAACUUUCUGGUCCAAAAAAAUUUAACAUUCUACUUGGAAAUCAUGGAUGUCGUAUCUUCAGCACCGAAGAGGAGGGGCUAAGCUGGUAUUUGGGAUGCAUUAGUGCUCAUAGCAUUGUAAUUUGUUUAUUUAGGGAGGCACUUGUGCUGCCUUUUUCAGGGAGUUUGAACACAGAGUUAGCAUUUUUUAAGUGACUCUAAUCGGGGAAAAAUAUUUGCACACUUUCAAAGUGUUAACUGAGAAACAUAGAAUGCAGCUUUUCCCUUAAUUGGACUUUAAAAAGGAAAAAGAAGAAAAAGAUUUUAAAAAUUUAUCAUUUAGUAAAUCAUGUGUCUACAAAUACAAGAAUUUUGGAGUUUACACAUUUUUGACAUUUUUGAAUUUUUUUUUAUUUUAAUUUUUGUCUUCUCUAUAUUAUUGUUGUCAGUCACUAUUAUUUUUUUAAAUCAUUUUUUUCACGUUAUCUUGUGUUUUUGUACAUUAAAAUUGAAAUAUUAAUAUUCGGCUAUUAUAGGUGGAGGCUUUAAAUAAGCCCAUUGUGGCUUUUUGCCUCUCUCUGCACUGUUUCAUUAUUACCUAUCAUGUUAAAUGUUGUAUUCUUUUAAAUUAUGCAAAAAAUAAAAAUAAAAUUAAAAAGUACCAUAGCUUAAGAAAACCCUCUUUUUAUAUCUUAAGUCCACGAUUAAAAAGGUCCUUUUCACACUACCUUGGGUUUUUCUAAAUCCUAAGGAACUGCUAAAUGCUGCUAACACUUAUUUUCUGCUGUGAAAAAUCUUAAUUUGGACCCUGGAGUUGCCAACUGUAACAUGAGUUUAUCCACAUUGCUAUUACUCUGGGCAGUCUCGGGGAGGUCCAGCAGGCGUCACAGCCACGGCUGUGUUGUAAGGAGAGUGUGAGAGAUCCUGCCGACAGCCCGGCUAGAAUCCAGCAGGAGAUAGAUAACCUGCGUGUGGAGCUAGAGGGCGAGAGAGAGCUGCUGCAGCAGCACGUCAGCCUCCUCGUCCAGCAGAACCUAAACCUGGCUGAGUGCACCAGGGAGCAGCUGGACCUGUGAGUGGGUCUGAUCCAGAUAGAUAGCAUGAGGUUUGCUGUGUGAACUCCUCUCUUCUUGUUUCCCAGCUGUGUGUUUCUGCUGAAAGCCACAAGCCCACUGAUUAGGAGCACUUCUUUCCUCACUGUCUUUGUUGCUGUGUUUGGUUGGACUUGAUGUCAUCCCACAAAACUCCGCAGGGACGUCACAGAUAAGAUGUUUGGGGUUUAAAUCUGCUAAUACACACAUGACUUAUUCUCCUUCGUGUUGUCCUUCCAGGCUGGCUAAAGAGCUUCAGGAGAAGAACCGCCUGAUCCAGAGCCUGCAGAGCCAGUUAAGGCAAAGUCCCAGCAGCCACCACAGCUCCCACUCUGAACUGUACCACUCAGACAGAAACUCCUCCUCUUCCUGCCACAGCAGCCCGACCACGCAGAGUGGCAACCAAGCCCACAGUAAGCACAGAGACACGUUGAUAUAAUCCAGGGAGUUUCUACAUGUAAUUUAAGACUUUUACAGAGUCCUAAUGAUAAAAUCUAUCUGUGAUCUGGUUUCAAGUUACAGUCUUAAGUGUCAGGGAUCCUGGACUUUGCACGAGACUACUUAGUUAUUUAAAGCCACAAUAAGAUGAACUCAGUUUCCUCCAUUAAAUAUGCAUAUUUCUUUGCUUCGGCGCAACUUUUAAGAUUAUCCGAGUCCACCUGUCGGGCCGCUCUAUUCGCAGCCUGUAAUGGCACUUAUUCUCCACUCAGAGCCAUUCUGUUGCAGCGAGGCGUCCCGCAGGACAAAGCUCAGCAGCCAAGGACAGAGGGGGGGUCCAGUUUCAAUUGGCCUCCACUUAAAGCUGCAUUAUUCAGUGGCACCGAUCUGGUUCAGCCCUCAAAUGGUGCUGCCUUUGAGGAAAGAGACAGUGAAGGCUGUUACAGAGAGCAGCGGAGCAUCUGGUCACGUAACAGAUCCUGCAGAGGACUACGAAGACUUUAGAGGACAGUGCCAUAAACAUUCAAGUCAAAUCCAGGACUAAGAAGGUGGAGCCUGAUCUGGGGUUAAUUUGGGGAUGUAGUAAAAGUUGAUAAACACAGAAAAAGAAUAAAACGGUUCUCUAGAUGUUAAGAAAAUGAUGGUUAUAUGUCAAAGUCUCACACCUUGCUCUGAAUGUUCUUCCUGUUUAGGUCAGAGACCCUCCACCGAUUGGACAGGAGUGUCUGUCCCUCCUUCUGUGGGAGGAGUUCAGGAGGAGGGAGGUGUGUCAGCAGGCAGCAGACUUCAGGGCCUGCAGAGGGAGAACGGGCGACUGCAGGAGCAGCUGAGGGACAGCGAGGAGCUCAACGCCACCCUGCGCAGCGAACUGGACCUGCAUCGCUCCAUCAUGGCCCAGACCAGCUUCCACCAUCAAGAGCAGGACCACAAACAAGACCAGGACGGAGCAGGGCCUCAGAAAGGAGAUAGUGGCCCACAGAGGACGUCUGCAGAUCAGUCUCGCACAAUGAAUCCAGGUAAAUAUCGAAGAGAGACAGUGAGGUUUUCCAGAUAUUUAUUAAAGGGACAUUCCACUAUUUGUAAGGAGUAAGUUCACUCAACUCAAAAAAGGGGCACUGAGUUCAAACUGGAAUCAGUCACAGUUUGGUCUUGUUCACAUGUUCACAUACACAUGUAACGGCACGUAUUGAUGUGAAAAUGUGUGAUCUGCUCAUACAAACAUUUCAGAAAGUAUUUAAAUUACAUGUAAAUCCAGGAAAUGCAAUUAUGCACAGCAGACCAAUCACAGAGCUCGAUGUCUGUGUCAUUUUAAGUACAUUAUUACAUCUUUGAGAGAAGUGUACAUCAAGCUAUAUGUGCAGGCAUAGAAAUCAGAGCUAUGCUGAGGUUGAAAUUAGGGGUGAGAGAAAAAAACGAUUCACAGAAGUAUAGCAAUUUUUUGUUUUACAAUUUUUACGCUCAAAUUAUUAUUAUUAUUAUUGUCAUUAUUAUUAUGUUUUGGGUUUUUUUUCAAAUUGGAGAAUAAAUCUUUGGAAAAAAAAUCGCAAUUUAAAUCAAAUCGGCAUCCAAAAAUUGUAGAGGAAUCGAAUAGGGCGAAAAGCAUAUUGUCCCAGCCCUCGUAUAAAUCAGACUCAAGAGCGCUUUAUUAGGCCGAGUGUGAGCCAAAGAUGCUUGGAAAGGUUUUUUCAUUGCUGCUUUACUUGUGGAGGUUAAAGGUCAGGGCAUUUAGCCUUUACUGCUGAGAUUUUUGAGAUUGCUCUUUUAAACCGGUCUCUUCUAAGCCCUGAGUUUACACAACUGGGACUCUUAAUCCACAUAAAAAGCCCCUUUAAAUCCGUGUUCUGCAUGUGUCUGGUAGAUUUACUCGCAGAACAUCUGCAGGAGAUCCGAGCGCUGCGGCAGCGCCUGGAGGAGAGCAUCCGCACCAACGACCGCCUCAGAGAGCAGCUGGAGAGGAGGCUGGCUGAGGUGGAGAAAGACCCAGGUAAACCCUGGAAACAAUCCACCUUCUCUUUUCUGCCUCUUCUUCACAGUUUAUUGUUGAUUGACAUGAAGUUUUUGGUCUCUGUUUAGCAGCAACCAACAUCUUCAUCCAGGGCAACGAGGAGCGCGGUCAGCUAGCCAAUGAGAUGCGCUUCCUCUGGGGACAAAACCAAGCCCUGAAGGAGCAGCUCAACAUGGGCUCCCGAGGUAAAACACACAUUUCUUUAGUCGUAUGUGGAAGUUUUUUUUUUUUCUGCUGAUGCUUUUUUUGUCUAUUCUCAAUUCUAACCCUGAGUUUUUAUUCUCUCCAGACAAGCAAAAAGAGAACGAGAAGCUGCGCGAGACUCUGGCCCGGCGCACGGCCAAACUGGAGCAGAGCAGGAGGGAGUGCGACGCUCUGAGGCAGGAAAACAGCCACCUGCAGGAGAGGCUGGAGCUCAGCAACCAGGAGAACGCCGCGCUGCAGGACUCACUGCACUACAGCAAAGAGGAGCUGCACAGGUACACACAUGCUGGACAACAACACACACGUGAAGACUACCACUCUUCAUGCUACCUGAAACCACACAAGGUUACUAAUUACCUAUUUAAAGAGCCAUCGCUAUUAGCAUUAGCCUGCACUGUGUGGGAAAGCAGAUACUCUGUUAUUCAUACACUCUUCCAUGAACACGUGCACACAAACUGCAGCAUGGUGAUGAUGGUAUGUGACCUCUUACCCCGAGUCCCACUGACACAGCUGAGAGAGGCUGACACCUGAAACCUGGAGUCGGAUCGCUUCUCCUCUCCCUUUUCUCAUCUCCUGCUUGUGUUCAACUUGCACAUUGUCUAUAAUUAUGUUGUUGUUUACACAGACGUAUAUUUCAAAUGUUUGUUUGAGGACCAGGUCUGUAAUAGAGUUCCUACACAAGUAUGGAAAGUGGGGAAACAAAUUUGAUCAAUUUCCAGCUCUGAAAAAAACAUGGAAAAUGAAAAUAAAGUGUGGAAAAAUAUUUUUGUUUCCAGACUAUUACCACAUUUCUAAAAUACUGUUUUCUAAAAUAGAAAAGUAGGUAUUUUCAGAAGUAAUUCUAAAAAUAAGCGUAUGGAAAAGUAUGAAAACUCCAACUGUGUAGAAACCCUGCUUUAAUUCCAGUGAUUUCAGUUUGAUGAAGGGCAGGUUUAGGUUCUCUUUCGGUGAUUUUACUGAUGAUUCUGAUGGAUGAAUUCAUGAAAUUUUGCACAAAAAGCUGCAAAAUUUGGCAGCAACUUCAGUUUCUGAACAUUGCAGCUCAUCCUCUUCGUUUCAGGACUGUAAGGUGAAACUUUAAUCCUCACAGGAGAUGCAGGUUCUUUUCUGUGAGGCAGAUUUGAUGUAGUUGGUGUUUCAGCGAGCUUGCUUGCAUCGAGUCCAGGAAUUUCAUCGUUUCUUUUAUUAUGGACUGAGACAUGAUUUGUGUGUGUUUGUGUUUCCAGGCUGCAGAUUGAAGUGAAGCUCCAGAGGCAGCAGCUGUGUGACUCUCAGCAUCUCCUGCAGUCGCUGCGGGUGGAGCUGCAAGUUUACGAGAAGAUCAAGACUGACGCUCAGAAACAAAACGGUAUUAAUCAAGUUUGAGUUCAUAUCAGAGACAAGGUCACUUAAGUUUAUGUGUGCACUGACAUGCAUACGCCAUUUUUCGUUCCAGAGUCCUCUGAGUUCACCCAGAAUACCGUCCCAGCCUCCUCAGGCCCCUUGGACCUGAGCGAGCUGCUGCAGGAGAUCCGACACCUGAGGCUGCAGCUGGAGAGGAGCAUCCAGACCAACACGGCUCUGAGACAGAGGCUGGAGGAACAGCUGCUCCGAGGCCCCAACCUGAGACCCGAGACCAUCAAUAUCAACUACCUGCUGUCCUCGCCAGGUAAACACACAAGAUACUGAUACACAAAGAGCUGGAAAACGCUCUGAGAGGAAUCUGACGGUGUUUUUAAACAUUAUGUUUUAGAUGAAGGAGGGAGAUCACCGGGUAGGGAAGGCUGUGAUCCACACCGUCACUCAUUUCAGGGUCAUAACGAGCAAACAGGUGAGGAGUCCUUCUUAGAAAAAACGCACGCACGUUGAUAAAAACAUUAAAUACAAGAAAACAGGUUUUAUCAAUCAAAACAUCUAAAUAAUCUUUUCAGAUGAGAGACUCCAACAUUUAGACGGCGGUUCACUCAGCAGCAGCUCUGGCGAAAGUGCCACCGGCGCUCCCUCCCGCCUUGUGCCGGGUCACCGCAUGUGGGCCAACCGCAACGGCCGCCAUAUUCUGGGACUGAUCGAGGACUACAACGCCCUGCGUAAACAGAUCUCAGAGGGACGUAAGCUGUCACGCAGCAUGGACGCACAACUUCAGGAGUAUCGGCACGUAGUCAGGCAGCAGGGAUCUGACAACAAGGUGCUCAUCGGUGUUACAGUUAUUUCUCAGCUCGCACAAACUGUAAAAGACAAGAGUUUUAACGCCGCAGUGUCCGUCUCUUUGUAGAUGGUUGAACAGCAGCAUCUGAAGGGUCUGUCGGGCAGCGUCAACACCAUGCAGCAGGUGUUAGAGGAGGCCGGCCGGCUCCUUAAACUGGUUUGGAGAGUUUCUCUGCCAGCUGGUACCAUGGCAGGAGACGGCAGCAACAACCAGCAGGUGCUUACACAGACAUUAACUACAUGAUAUACAAGAAACGCUCCCUUUAUAGCUAAUCUGAAUCUCUUUGUCCUCCGAAUCAGGAUGAGCUGCUGAAGAACGAGAUCGCCAGACUGAAGAGCAGACUGUCACAGCAGGAGAGGAUGCUGAGCGGAGCCGUGAAACGUCUGAGAACAACCAACCAGCUUAAAGAAGGGAUGGAGCGAGUCAUCAUUGACCAGUGUAUGAUCACCUUCACCUUUAUAUUAGGGCCUGACCGAUAUGGAUUUUUUGGGGCCGAUACUGGUUGGGGGAGGGGGAUCACCGAUUAAUCAGCAGAUUUAAAAAAAAAAUUUAUCAAGUUAUAAAAAUAUAUAUAUAUAUAUAUAUAUAUAUACUGUAGAUAUCUACAGUAUACUAUAUUAUACUGUAGAUAUACUGUAGGCUACCGCUCUUCGCGCUGACAGAAACUCGGACCAGUAAAGCCUUUUUAACUACCACCCUGCCACCGUCGAUCGGUGCCUCUGCGUCUUAACUCACGUUACACAUUUCUGGUCUGGUCUCAUCUGAAGACAUGUAGCUGCCUUAGUAAGAUAAGUUGCUCGAUCACGUAUUGUGUACUGUUGUUUAUUCUACCGUUACUGGCAUGGCUAACAGUGUAGCAAGGCUAAUAGCAGGUGGCUAACUAACUUUAGCUUGCAUAUUACAUGGUGCUUCACCGUUAACUUGGCGUGACCGAGACCAGCACAGUGGGGAACAUCAUGAAGUGGGUUGAACUGAAACUUGUUGACUUAUUGUGUAUUUCACAAACUGGUUUCUUUACCGUUGAGGCGGACCACUCUGCUCCGUGCGUCCCUGAGCUGCCUGCUUCUGCUCCGUCACUCUGCUGUGCUGUGAGGUAGUUAGUGGAUGAAGAUUGUCAUGAGGUCACUGCGCCAUCUACAGGAUAAGUCGGGGAACUUUUCAAAUAGCAGAACAUUUUUAAAGUGAAACCGAAUCUUAUUCUCCACAUUUUAUUUCUGAAAAUAACAGCGACAAUCAGUGAGUUAUGGCCGAUUUCCAAUUAGUCUCAAACGGGCUAAAAUUGGCCAGUUUCAUCGUCUCGCCGAUAAAUCCUACUUUACAUGUACUGAAGGCGAACAUUUGAUAUGAAGGAGACUUUUAUUUUGAAAACCUUGAUUCUGUUAUAUCCUUUACGAUUGUGCUCUGUUGUCUAGUAAGUAUAUAGUAUAAAUAAUUAUGUGUUUUAGCUCCUCUGUUUGGACACUGUAUUGAAAUCUGACUUCCUGUUUCUGUCCUUCCAUUCAGUGUGUCUGACCCAUGGUGUGUUGAAGAAAGCCAGGGGGAAUCUAGAGGUGAGUCAUCUUAAAUAAAUAAAAACAACAACAUGCCACAGUCGAUGUUUGUCAACACUAACGUUCUUGUCUGCGGCGGUGAACUCUCUCAGUAAACCCUCUUCUUUUCCUUCUCCUGCUCCAUGUGAAAUAAUGAUAGACAAAUUACUGUACCAUCUUUGGCCUGAAAGGUCGGUCUGGAGGACCAGACGCAGGUCAGUGCGGUUGAGGUGCAGGUUUUCAGAGUGAUGCAUGAGACUGCUGCUUUAGUUUUAUCUCCUGCAUGAAGCAAAAACAAAAAGACGUCGACUCAUCGUGAGAUAUUUGGCGGUGAAAUGAACCUGCUUUAGUGUCUGCUUUGAUUAAUUUGACUGAAGGUUCAGCUAACUGUACCUUUUAAAGUGGAUAUCCACCAAACUGAGUUGCAGUGAUUGUGUGAAGCAUGAAGAGCCUUUUCUACUGUUAUGAAGUGUCUUAAAGGAACAGUUCAACAUUUAGGAAAAGAAGCUUAUUACAUUUCAUAACUGGAGGAUGUGCUUUUUCUUAUAAGUUUGAAAUAUCAGUCUUCUUAGACUUAAAGCUUGUCCUCUUGAACAGCUUUUCACAGACCUAUGGGUCAAGACUCAAACCCAGUCUCCAAAUUGGUAAUUCUCUGCCGACAUGCCACUAUGUUGAAAUGACUCAUGAAGUUAAAUUUUGACUUUUUUGGGGACGUUUUUACUCUUUUCCUCAAAUUUCAUCUCAUUUUGAUAUCUCAGCUUUAUUCUUGAACUGAAAAACUCCCUCCUUGAGCAAUUAAUUCCUCAUACCUGUCCCUGAGACGCUUAUGUAGUUGCCUAGAAACACAGUACCUGUUAUGUAGGAAUUUAAUGAGCAAAAUCCAGCAAAUAAAAAACACAGUGAGCUUUACAGGCAGUUUGGACUUGAAGUCUUCAGUGUGAAAUUAAAAAAAGCUGUUUUUUCCUAAAUGUCAAACUUUUCCAUUAGAGAGAAUUCUGACGCAUGAGUCUGCAGUCUGAAUGUCAGUAACUUUUUUUUUUUACCCAGCAUGUCUGAAGCUGUGAAGUGACUUUACCGUGUUUGCAGGAUCAAGUUUAAGCAUGUUUUUUUCUGUUUCAGGAGGUUCCAGUCAAUGGCCCAUAGGGGGCACUGCAGACCUUCUCCCAGAGCAGAGGGUCGUCCCCUCUUCUCAGCGGGCUGCAGAGAGACACUCGGAUUCCUCGAACAGUGAAGCCUCUUUACGCUGCAGCUGCUGAACCUGCUGCUCCUCUGCAUUUUUUUAACCUAGCUUCUUUAAAUCCUUCAGGCCUUAUUCCUCCUGCUGUGAAACCGUCACCUUAUUCUCCUGAUCUUGAAGCCUUUUCUGAUGAUUAUUGCGUUUGCACAACUUUCAUGUUAUUUGUUUAUUGUAGGUACUGAAGAUGUAAGUUUUUUUUAACCUUCUUUGAAAAGAAAAUGCCUUUGUAAAUAUUGAUUCCUGCUACUUAACAGUCUCCUUCUCUUGUGUUUUUAUAUGACGGGAUAAGAAGAUGAAAAUGUAUUUUAUUACCGACUUGUUUUUACUUUUUGUCGCAUAUGUCAAGGAAGUUAAACUACCGUGUGUUCGAGAAAUCAUGUGCAGAUGCAGUAAAAAAGAAACUUUAAUGAAACAAAAAUGUGGUACAAAAGUCCCUUUAUUAGCAUAAACUUACACUUUUUUAAAGUACAAAUCUUGGCAGCUGCUUAGAAAUGUGUGUAAGGAGGAAGAGAAGUAAGAAAAUAGCAAAGUUGAGACAGAGUUAGUGAGGAAGAUUAGAAAAAAUACAAGAACAUUUUCUACAUUUAGUAAGUUCAGAGGAAAUGAUUAUAUUUAAAAGGUCAUUUUCUUUUGAAGCACUUGAAAUGUGUCUAGCUGGUUUUUUUUAUAUAACCUUGCAGUGACCUAUAAAACUAGGCCUGUGAACCAGUCGGUGAGUGAUUAGUAGCACCCAGAUGUCCUCAUAUCACAUGUUAGUUUUGACCAUCAGGCAGCUUCUCAUUGGUCUUUUACAGUUAACACUUUGGUUGUGUUAGAAAAUCAAAUUUGGCAAAAUGACACAUGAAAAAUAAAUGGCACCAAACGUCACAAUAAACACGCUCCAGGUCCAAACUUCAGGCUAACUUCAGCUACAGUAAUAACUUUGUUUUUGAGAACACACUACAGAGACCCUCUCUCUGCAUUUUUACAACCGGGGUAAGAAAACCAUUUUUGGGAUGUAUUUAGAUCUGUUCCUUAAACUUUGAAUAUACAGUCUGUCUAUCUCUGCACAAGUCUGACAAAAGCCUGAACCAGCUGGAUGAACGGCUCCUGACCUUCGUGGCUCGCUUUGGAACCCGGUGUGGGGGGUUUGGAUUGUGUGGAGGGGAGGAUCCCGCUGGCAGGGGACGAUGGAGAGCCCCGGCGGAAGUGUCGAGACAGGCUGGAGAGGAGAGUGCUCUAGAGAUGGAAGACGAAGAAUUCAGAUUUUAGUUUGACAUGAAAGAAAAGAGAGAGUUUAUUUUACUUUUUGUUGUUCAAGACUGUGAGCACUAAUGUUUCCUGAACCUGAAGUUUCUCUUAAAGGUGGGGUAGGCAGGAAUCCGUUAAAAGAAGCACCUUUUUUUAGUGUAUAUACAGAAAAGCUUUUAAUAUCAGUCAAUAGCUAUUAGUUAUUGAUGACAUU